GAAUGCGACGACACGACAAUCGACAAAAUAUGUCAUUGUGUGUGUUGUGUUUGACGGCUUGACUGUUGUUUAUUUUUCAAAGGCGAAUAGAAUACACGGGUUUAGAAUAUUUUAUCACAUAAAAACAUUUAAAUAAGUUUUCUAUCAUGUGUGACGAAAUUCUCACAGAUUGUGAAAAUACACAAACUCAAACACAGAAUUCGCAACUUGACUGGAGCCAACCUAAUACUCCAUCGUACAUACCAAACAUUUGGGGAAGGCUGUAUCCUACAAAAACUUCUGUGAAAGGGCAAUAUUGUUGGAAAAAACCAAACAAUCCAGAAUAUUAUGAUCUAAUACAAGCCGAAUUCACCCUUGGUAGAUCGCUCAAAUGCAGUUAUGUUAUGAGGAGAGAAAUAAUUAAUGAAAAUAUAAUUAAAAAUGUUAGCAAACAACAUUUUAUCAUCACAAGAGACCUAUCAGAGUCCCUCAAUCCCGCUAUCAUAAAAGACCUUUCUUAUAAUGGUACCUUUGUGAAUGGAGAGAAAAUUGGAAAAGGCAAUAGUAGAGUAUUGGAUGACAAUGAUAUCAUAUCUGUAACUCAUGCUGUUAUGAAAAUUUUUGUUUUUAAAGAUUUGCUAAAAAAUGAACAAUAUCAAGUACCCAAAGAAAUAUCACAGAAGUAUUAUAUCUCAAGGACAUUGGGUCAAGGUGCUUGUGGCAUUGUCAAAUUAGUUUAUGAUAAAAAAAAAUGUUCUAAACAUGCUAUGAAAAUAAUAAAGAAGAGCAGGUUAACUAAUGGUCAAAUCAACCACCUGACGGACCCAAAGAAAAUAAUGAAUGAAAUUAACAUUAUGAAAGCAUUGAGGCAUCCAUGUAUAAUCUCAACAGAAGAGGUGUUUGACUCACGAGAAACUGUUUACAUUGUGCUGGAGCUGAUGCAGGGUGGAGAAUUGUUCGACAGGAUCACAAAACGAGGCCAUCUCUCUGAGCAACUGACUAGGUUCUACUUCAGGCAGAUGGUACUGGCUGUCAAGUAUCUACACUCUCAAGGCAUCACUCACAGAGACCUUAAGCCUGAGAAUGUGCUAUUGGAGAGUAAGGAUGAGAAGUCACUGGUCAAAAUUACAGAUUUUGGCCUAAGCAAGUUUGUAGGUGAAGAUAGUUUUAUGAAGACAAUGUGUGGCACCCCUUUGUAUUUAGCGCCUGAAGUACUACAAGCCAAUGGACAGAGAUGCUAUGGAUCUCAAGUUGAUGUGUGGAGCUUGGGCGUCAUAUUUUUUGUUUGCCUUGUCGGAUAUCUGCCAUUUUCAUCAGAAUACAAAGAUAUGUCUCUGAAAGACCAAAUAAUGAACGGAAGGCUUCGUUUCUCCCAAGAGCACUGGAAGAGCGUCAGUUUGCAGGCCAAACUACUCAUGCGCGGCAUGCUCACGGUGCAGGCCGACAGACGACUCACGUUGGACCAGAUCCUCAACCAUCCAUGGAUGGAGGAUAACGACGUAAUUAUAAGCGUUGAGAAAUUAAUAUCCCAAAAAACUGACACCAAGAUGUUAGAUGAGCAUUUGAUCUCAUCAGGUUCCGACGAGAAUGCAUGUUCAGCCGACAAUAUCACUGUGAUAAGAUUGGCGGCCGUCGCCAAACGCGCUUUGAGCGACAGUUUCAACUCGAGCGAGCCCAUUGCCAAGAAAAUGAGAAUGGACACUGAAAACAACAAUGACACAAGUUCGACGAACAGCUAUUGCUCUCAAGAAUGACUUACACAAGUACAUAAACAUGUAGUUGUUAUGUUGUGUUUAAUUGCUACACAAUUGUUAUUUUUAUUCUAUUUUUGAUUUUAUUAUCCCACCUACAGUAUUGUUGUAUCUUGUACCAGUAAUUUAACAGUUUCUGAAGUAACUCAAUAGUUUGCUAGAUCUUCAGAUUCGAACUUAAUUUCUUAACUUUAAAUAAUAAUUUAAUCUCUGAUUACUCAUUUUUAAUUACUUAUAAGAAUAUUAUUUUUAUUCCUAGCAUAGAUUGAUAUUGUGAUUUAUCUACUGGUCAAUUAAUGUUACCUGUUGAUUGUUGUUGUGUUGUUGAUAAUGAGCCCGUGAAUUAGGGACUAGAUUGUAAUGUUCUACUCAAAUCGUUAUUAUUAGUA